AUGCGUAAAAAUAAAGUAAAAGAAGAAAUUCGACAUGGGAUGAAAGUCAUUCGUAAAGAGAAAAUGGAUUUUCAUUGUAAAUGCUACCUUUGGAGGGUAAAAGACAGAGAUUACUCAAAAAGGAUUAAAAUGGAUAAUGUGGACUGCGAUGGACAUUUAGGGGCGAGGAUUUUCAUCUGA